AUGGCAGUUCCACAACUAUACUAUUUUACGAUCAGAGGAUUCGGAGAGUACAUCCGCCUCUUGUUCCUCGACAACGGUAUCAAAUUUGAGGAUAUUCGCUACCAAUACGGAGGAAAAGAAUGGGAGGACGUCAAGAAGACAAUGAUCUUCGGACAGAUGCCAGCACUUAAGUAUGACGGAAAGGAGAUCGCGCAGACCGGAGCCAUUAUGCGCCACUUGGCUAGAGUCCACAACUUGAAUGGAUCCAACGAGGAAGAGGCAACUUUCCUCGAUAUGUUCUUUGAGGGAGUCCGCGACGUUCGUAUGAAGUAUGUCCGUUAUAUCUACUAUGAUGAGGGAACUCGCGACGACAUUGUCAACAAAACUCUCCCAGAAUCUCUUGCUAACCUUGAGAAGCUCUUCAAAAUCCACUCCGGAGACUUCAUAAUUGGGAACAAGGUCAAUUAUGCUGAUUACAUCCUUUUCGAGGAAUUGGAUGUUUAUCACACUUUGGACGCUCACAUUCUUGAUAAGUUCCCUGCUUUGAAGGCUUUCUGGGAGAGAAUGUGGAAGAGACCAAACCUGAAAUCUUAUUUGGAGAAACGGGCUGCAGAUAAGGUUUGGAUCAAUGCUAUCGAGAAGGGAAUGAACUAA